AUGCGGGUUUUUAUGUUUUCCGCUCUUGUUUCAUUCGUUACAGCGCAGACCUUUGAGGAUCCCGACUUCAAUGUCACAAAGGCUCUCAUUGCCCAAGGUGUCAACGUAUCAGCAGUACCAGAGCUGGCCGGUCUGGUAGAGCGGUCUUCCAACAGGGCUUGUCAUAUUGCUUGCUCUUCGCUCGAAUUCCUAUAUGGGAAGGAUCGUGUCGACUUCCAAAAUGAAGCAGCUUACGCCGAAUUCACUUCCGGCUUCUGGUCAGGCAUCUCCGCCGAAGUAAGGCCGCACUGUAUUUUCAAGCCCUCAAGCCCACCAGCUGUUUCAGUCAUGGUACUUCUGAGUCGGCUUACUCAGUGCCCCUUCGCAGUCAAGUCGGGUGGCCACAGUGCAUUUGCUGGAGCCGCCACCAUUGAGGGCGGGAUAACGAUGUCCUCUGAGAAUCUCAAAGGCAUCGAAUUGUCAAGCGAUAAGAAGACGGUAGCAGUCCAACCGGGGAAUAACUGGGGUAGCACUCUUACUGCGCUUUCAAAUGCGGGCGUUACAGUCGUGGCUGGUCGAAUUGGCGAUCUGGGUGUUGGUGGUCUUACGCUGGGAGGUGGUAUAUCGUUCAUUACGAAUGAAUAUGGUCUCGCAUGUGAUAAUGUGGCCAGCUUCGAUGUUGUAACAGCAAAAGGCACCAUUCUAACAGCAAGCCCAACAACUCACCCAGACCUCUUCUGGGCUCUUCGCGGUGGCGGCAACAACUUCGGUAUCGUGACCAGCUUCAACCUCACAACUAAGCCCCUUCCCAACGACCAGCUCUGGGGCGGAACACGAACCUAUACCGAAGAAGCCUUUCCAGCCGUAGUCAAAGCCUGGAUCGACCUCACCUUGAACUCAGCACAAGACCCCAAAGCCGGCAGCUGGGUUGUCUGGAUCAACAGCGGCGGCGCAAAAAUCGUGUCCACUGAACUCUGGUAUGGCGCUCCAGAUGGUAACGCAUCUGCUAUCCUAGCACCUUUCUACAACAUCACUGCCAUCUCGGAUACUACCAAGACGCGAGGCCAUGCUUCGUAUGUGGUCGAUAACGAAGCGAGUAACACGUACGGUCUUCGCGAGAUCUUUUACGACAUCACGGUCAAGGCGUCGUAUGAAAUUGCCCAGCACUCGGUUGACAUUUUCUACGACACCAUUGGCGCUCUAUCUGAAGUUAAAGGCGCUUUUCCUGUGCUGAUCUGGCAACACAUCACCGAUGGUUCGCUAAAGGGUAGUACGCGUAACGGUGGUAAUGCAAUGGGUUUUGAUGCUAACGGCAGCCCUAUUCACAUUAUUCAACUAGCCUGCUCUUGGGAUGAGGCAGCCGACGACGACACUGUGUUUCAGGUCAUGUCAAAUAUCAUGAAGGCUAUCAAGCGGGAUGCCAUGGAGCUGGGUGUGCAGAACGAUUGGGUGUAUAUGAACUAUGCGGCCAAGUUUCAGGAUGUGAUUGCGAGUUAUGGGCCUGCUAGUAAGAGCAAGUUAAAGACGGUUGCGGAGAAGUACGACCCGACAGAAGUUUUUCAGACGCUGCAGCCGGGUUAUUUCAAGUUGGAUCGUGCGGCAGUGCCAGAUACGCGAUACUUUUCUUAUUGA